AUGGCUGUGUUACCAGUUUUCUAUGAAUGUCGCCGUUCAGUUGUAGCGAAAUUGCUCUUUCUGUGGCAUUCCUGCAGCAUUCGUCAAUUCGAGCAGAUUCAUUGUUCCGUCAUCACUUCCGGCCAAUCGCACCACAAUGCUUUCCUCCUAACCGAGCUCUGUUCCUCUCUGUUUAUCCGCCGCCACCCCGACCAUCAUCGUCUCCAGAACUACCAAUCCAUCGUCCUCCACUUCUCCGUCCACCCACCUACCAUUAAACUAUGGAACCUUUUCAUCAGAGACUUCUCCAAGAGUUCCCAACCUUCCGCAGCUCUUCUUCUUUACUCCGGAAUGCGCCGCAACUGUCUCCACCCAGACAUGCACACCUUCCCUUUGCUCCUCAAGUCGUUUUCCAAGCUGAGAAACCAGGACCCCUUGCUGUUUUUCGCCGACAUUAUCAAGCAUGGUCUUGAUCUCGACAGUUUCGUCAGGAACUCUUUGAUUUCUGCUCUCGCAAACUCUGGGUCCCCGAGGCUUGCCCGCCAGGUGUUCGAUGAGAAUCCACAGAGGGACGUCAUUGCUUGGACUGCGAUGAUUGAUGGGUAUGUGAGAAACGGAAGUCCCGCGGAAGGACUUGACUGUUUCCUGCUCAUGAGAUCAAUGGGAGUAAAAGCAGAUGAAGUAACAGUGGUAAGUGCUCUUUCUGCAGCUGGAUCACUGUGUUAUGCUUGGAUUGGGAAAUGGCUUCAUGGUUUCUACGUAGAAUCAGGCAGAGUCAGAUGGGAUGUUUUCGUUGGGAGUGCUCUCGUAGACAUGUACAUGAAAUGUGGGCAUAGUGACGAUGCCCGUCAAGUAUUUGAUGAAAUGCCAACGAGAAAUGUGGUCUCGUGGAGCUGCUUAGUUGCUGGUUAUGUUCAACUCGGUAGAUGUAAGGAAGCAUUGCUGGUCUUUCAAGACAUGCUAAUAGAUAACCUUAGACCCAACUCAAAAACUCUAACUAGUGUGCUCACUGCUUGUGCUCAACUAGGCGCUUUGGACCAAGGAAAAUGGGUGCAUGCUUAUAUCGAUAGAAACUUGAUAGAAUUGAACUCGAUCCUAGGGACGGCCUUGAUCGACAUGUAUGUGAAGUGCGGCUGCAUCAAUGAGGCUUGUUUUGUUUUUGAUAAGUUGCCGAGCAAAGGUCUCUAUACUUGGACUGCCAUGAUCAGUGGUUUGGCAAUGAAUGGGGAUGCACUAGGGUCGUUGAGUUUCUUCUCCCGGAUGAUGUGCAGUGGGGUUCAGCCAAACAAAGUCACUUUCCUUGGUGCCCUUAGUGCCUGUUCUCACGGGGGACUAGUAGAAGAAGGACGUAAAUUGUUCGACGAAAUGAGGGAUAAAUACCAUCUGGAUCCUGAUGUGGGUCACUACGGCUGCAUGGUUGACUUGCUAGGCCGGGCUGGGUGCUUGGAAGAGGCAGUGAAGUUGAUCGAGGAGAUGCCAAUGGAGCCAUCUCCAAGUAUUUGGGGAGCUCUCCUCGGGGCGUGCGUGAUUCACAAGAACUUGGAGCUAGGGGAAUACAUUGGUAACCUGCUGGUGAAGCUUCAACCAGACCAUAGCGGAUGGUACUCUCUCCUGGCAAAUGUACACUUGGAACACCAGAAGUGGGAUAAAGCCGCCAGCAUCCGGAAGUCUAUGAAAAUGAAAGGGAUUGAUAAAAUCCCUGGAGUUAGCUGGAUAGAAGUGAAUGGCUUGAUUCGUGAUUUUGUCACCUCCGAAUCUCUUUCAGAUUGGGAAUUGUGUGAGAUGAUGGAUAGUGUUUGGAGGCACAUUGUAUCCUCCAUAUAUGAUCACAAAGUUGAUAAUAUUAAUAUCAGUGACUGUGGCUAG